GCCGGCUGCCACCUUGUGGGGGCCUGGAGGGAGGUGGAGGUGGGCGCGCCGGGCCCCAGGCCCCCCCCCCCAGGCCGCUGCGGGCUCCACAGGGCGGGGAGUGACCUUUCGUCCCGCUCCUCUGCUCCGCGAGGGGCUUUCUGUUCCUCAUUGUUAAGCCGUGACGGCCGCGGUUGGCUUUGUUUCUCUUCUGUCCAAGAGGAUCAACAGGCCUGGAGGUUGCUCAAAGGGGGGCUGACCCGGGCGCCAGCACGAGGAAGUGUCGGGAAGGAUGCUCAGUACAGAAUCUACAGGAAGAGACCCUCGAGGGGAGGCUCGGCCGUGGGGGGCGGUGGGGGGCGGGAGCAGGGCGGCAGGGGCUGGGGGGUGGCGGGAACCCUUGGGGCAGGGAGCGCAGCCUUGGCCGCCACGGGCGGGCCCUUUCCCGGCAGGACUUUGGACCCUGACAGGAAAUCCUCCCCCUCCGGCGGGACAGGCCUGGGGCUGCGCAGGAGCUGCUCUGAGGGUCGGGCUUCUGGGGGUUCUCGGCCCCACGUGAGCGCCGCCCCUGCAGUGGGAGGGGCCCCCCUGCGCUCGGGGCUGCCCCCCACCCUUGGUACCAGGGAGCGGGUGACCCGGGGCACUGCAGAGGGUGGGACCUCUGUGCCCAGGGCCCCCAGCGCUUGCUGUCCGUGGGGGUGGGUGUUGGGUGUCGGGUGUCCGGUGUCGUGUGUGCCGCCAGGGGGCUUCUUUGCUUGUUUUCUGUCCGUGGUUGACUCAGGGCUCCUGGGCCCCGGGUCUGGGGCACUGCCGGUGCCUCACCCCGACGGCGGUGCCCUGAGCCCACCGGGGGGCUGUGGACGUGUGUGCACACCCGCAGCCACGGGCAUGGAUGUCCCCUUUCUAGGCCCUGUGUCGGCAGCAGGGUGCCUGCCACCGUCGCCUCCACCUGUGCCUUCCCGGCAUCACCGUGGGGGCUUUGGCGCCGGACCUGGGCCGGAGGCUGCGCUGCUCCCCUACGUUCCGGAGCCGGGAAGCUCAUGCCAGCGGAGCGAGUACUUCGACCAGAGGACCCAGAGGUGCUGCAGCAUGUGUCCGCCUGGCUCCCACGCACGGCUCUUCUGCACCACGACCUCGAACACCGUGUGUGCCCGCUGCGAGAACAGCACGUACACCCAGCUCUGGAACUGGGUUCCCGAGUGCUUGAGCUGCGGCUCCCGCUGCGGCGCCGACCAAGUGGAGACUCAGGCCUGCACGCGGGAGCAGAACCGCAUCUGCGGCUGCAAGCCGGGCUGGUACUGCACGCUGAGGAGGCAGGGAGGGUGCCGGCUGUGCGCGCCCCUGCGCAGGUGCCGCCCGGGCUUCGGCGUGGCCAAACCAGGAACUGCAACGUCAGACGUGGUGUGCGCUCCGUGUGCCCCGGGGACGUUCUCCAACACGACGUCAUCCACAGAUACCUGCCGGCCCCACCGGAUCUGUAGCUCGGUGGCCGUCCCUGGCAACGCCAGCAUGGAUGCGGUGUGCUCACCUGCGCCCCCCACCGUGAGAACGGCCCCACGCCCCGCCUCCACGCGGCAGCCAGCGUCCACGCAGCCCCGGCCCGCGGAGCCAACGCCAGGACCCAGCACGCCUCCUCGGACCUCCGUUCUGUUCCCGGCGGUCCCCAGCCCCCCAGCCGAAGGGCUCAGCACAGGCGACAUCUCGCUUCCGAUCGGACUGAUUGUAGGAGUGACGACCUUGGGUCUGCUGAUGAUAGGGCUGGUGAACUGCGUCAUCGUGACCCAGAAGAAGAAGCCCUUCUGCCUCCAGGGAGAAGCCAAGGUGCCUCACCUGCCCGCUGAUAAGGCCCGCGGCGGCCCCGGCCCCGAGCAGCAGCACCUGCUGACCACGGCGCCCAGCUCCAGCAGCAGCUCCCUGGAGAGCGCAGCCAGCUCCGGGGACGGGAGGGCGCCCCCCAGGGCCCAGCCGCCGGCACCAGGCACCGGGAAGGCCCAUGGGUCUGGGGAGGCCCAGGCCAGCUCCAGCAGCUCAGAGCCUUCGUGCGGCGGCCACGGGACCCAGGUCAACGUCACGUGCAUCGUGAACGUGUGCAGCAGCAGCGGCUCCGACCACGGCCCUCAGUGCUCCUCCCAGGCCAGCCACACGACGGGGGACGUGGAUGCCGGCCCCUCCAGCCCCCCAGAUGACCAGCAGGUCCCCUUCUCCCAGGAGGAGUGCCCGUUUCAGUCCCAGCCAGGGGCUCUAGAGACUCUGCUGGAGAACCCAGAGGAUAAGCCCCUGCCCCUUGGUGUGCCUGACGCUGGCAUGAAGUCCAGUUAGCCAGACUGGCGUGAGCUUGUCACAGCCCAGGCGGGCUGUUCCUGGGCCUUCUAGGCCCCCACCCCCCAGGACUCUGGCUCUUUCUGGGCCAAAUUCCUUUAGUGGCCCCACAGCCUCAGCCUUCCUCUCAUCUGCUGGCAGAAGGGUGAGGCAGGGAGAAUUGUGGGAAAGCGCUCCUGGCGUGGGUGCGUCCCUCUGGGAGGCUAGCUGGACGUGGACAUGCCGGCCCGCCUGGAGCCAGCCCUUGCCACUCUGAGCGCCGCCCCCCCCCCCCAAGCUGGUCCUGCGAGUUCAGCUUCUAGAGCCCUUAUUUUUGUAAUUUUUUACUUUUUUAAAAAAUCCCUGGGCUCUGUGCAGCCCUGGCUUCCUGGGAGGCCCCGCAUCCUGCCUUCCAUGGAGAAGGGGCAGUGCUUUAGCCUGAUGCUGAGGCUACAGGACGGUCCCAGCAUGGCGGGGGCGGGGGUGUCCUUGAUCAGAUGGUUCCGUGCAGGGAGGGGACGGGGGACCCCCGGUGCAGCUUGCACCACCUCCGGAUCCGUGCCUGCCAGCCUUACCUCUUGCACACGGUGGGAAAUCAGACACUCCGAGGGCCCAGCCAAGCGGCCGCGUGAGUGCUCCAGCUGGGGCCAGAUGGCCAACCUCUAACCAGAAAUCUUCCGGCAAUUAAAAAAAAAGAAGAAAAAGAAAAGCACCAUGCAGGCAGAGGAGCCAACAAAAUGACCAAGCGGAAGUCAGAGUUCGCUGGUCUCUGCUUUGACCAUCACGGAUUCGCCUGCGGCUCCAGCCCCGCCUCCCGCCUCCCGCCUCCCGCCCCCCGCCCUCUGGUGCCGGCUUCCCCGAGGGAAUUUCAGGAACGGGAGAUGACUGAGGCCCACAGUCUCCCUCCUCCUACCUCAGCCCCCGCCUCCCGACGAGGCUCCUCUUGGCCUCAGCACCCCCACCUUGCUGGUCCUGGAGCCCCAAGGAACCUGCGGGGCCUCCGGGGUGCUCUGCCUGGGGUGCUCUGCCUGCCGGGGCCUCCUGGGGACGCGGUUCGCCGAGAGCCAGUCUUGUGUCUGUGUGUCUGUCGUGUGCUGUUGGUCUGUGGAGCCGUGUUGUUGGGUCGUCCGGCCGGCCCGAAGCAGCUGAAACCGGCAGUUCUGUCCCAGGAUUCUUGCCCGUUAAAGGGUCAGCCCGCUUCCCCCAGACACGCACCCGGAGUCCUGCAGAGCACGGAUGGAUGGACGGACGGACGUGUGCGGCCUUGACCGAAUUCUGGAAGGAACGGGGGUGGGGGGCUCCUGGACAAGCCAGCCGGGUCCCGGGUACUUGGAUCCCUUGUUGAAAAUUCCAGUGGCCUCGGGGCUGGACUUGGAUCUGAGCUCCUGGACGGUAGGCGAGUCCAGCCAGUACCAUGAAGAGAAAGAGCUUCCCAGAAACCAGGAUUCCCUUGGAGUCCGACGUCCGGCUGCCCCUGCCCCUGCCCCUGCCCCUGCCCCUGCCCCUGCCCUGCCCGGGCCCUGCCCCCGGCCUCGAGGCGGUGGAGCGUGUCUGCCCCCUGGUGGGCCGCCCCGGGACGACCUCAGGCCCCGCUGCUCUCCCAGGGCAGCUCUGACCCCCAAGGAGACCCUCCCUGGGGGGCCGCGGUUCCCAGGCUUGUCGAUCCCCGAGUUUGUACUGUAUACUGGACAGCGCUCCUGCUUCUAAGUAAACCUUGUUUUGUACAUCGA